AUGCAAUUUCAAUCUACCUCUUCUUUCUGGUCCAACCAUGUUGGACUCGUUUCUCUUAAUUCAUCCGUUACCUUUUCACUUGUUUCCUGGGAGCUUGACGGUCGCUUCUUGCACGUUACUGCCUCUCACUCAUCUUUUGAAUCUGCCCCUUUCAACAUUUUCGUUAUAUAUGCACCUGCUCGUGCAUCUGCACGUCAACCUUUCUUUGAAUCCCUUGCCCUUUUACCUAUUUUCUCUUCACGAGUGAUUGAACGUAGCGUUCUUCUUGGUGAUUUUAAUUACCAAGUUUUAAGCCGUUCCCCUCGCGGUGUUCCGGCUAUUUGGCAGGCACAUUUACUCGCCUAUUGGCAUGACUGUAUCACCCCUCCCAGCCAUUGUCCUUCACCCACAUUUUUACGUAACUCCUCCCGGUCUUGCAUUGAUUAUAUUUUUAUGUCUUCGGACUUCCGUUCCUUUUCGUCAUCCCCUGUCAUUGAUUUUAUUAACCCACUUUGGACAGAUCAUCACUUACUUACCGCCCAGCUUCGCCUUGGUAAGGCACCAGUUGGUCCUGGCAUGUGGCGGUGUCACCCGUCUCUUGCUUCAAACCCUCUUUUCCGACAUGCUUUGUACCAAGCUCUGGACAAAUUAUGUGCCUCCUUUUCGGAGGGGUGCUCCGUACAAGCACAAUGGGAUCUAGUCAAGAAGGAGACUGGCCGAGUUGCAAGGAAGUUUAACAAGGACCAACGAGCAUACCACAACCGCCGCCUUUGGGCUCUUCAAAAAGAACGACGAAAGGUGCUCAAGACGACA